UAAAUGUGUCGCUGAAUCUUCAGAAGAAUCUAACAAAAAACUUCAACCAUUAAAACUAUUUUCAGAUGGCGUUCCCUCCUUUAUUUUGAAGGGUCAGACUGGAAUCAGCGCGGUGCGUCUCCGGUGUCUCAGGUUCAGGUCGGUCCUUCACCGCCGCUCCUCGUGUUCGGUCAGACGUUUGUUUACCGGCUGCUUGUUUGUUUAUUUCCGUCGGUAAACAUCAGUCAGUGCGGGUAGUUUGUCUACGUCUGCAAGUUUUAAUUUGCAGCUUCACAGGAAGUCAGGAGGAGACUUGUCCUGCUGCAGGUCACUGACGACAGCUUCACUGUUCCUGAUACUGCAGACGUUCCCGACAUGUGGAGGAGAGGAAGUGACACGAGACAACGAUGAUGUCACAGAUCAGACGGACAUUUUUUCUUUUGAGAGGUGGAAACCAGAGGUCCUGGUUCUGGUCCUGGUCCCAGUUCCGGUCCCGGUCCAGCAGCCUCUUCACGGACAGCAGCAGUCCAGGUCUGGUUCUCCAGUCCCUGUCCACCGACGUCCACCAGAACCUGGCCCUGGAGGACUGGAUCGAUGCCAACGUGGACCUCCAGCACCGCAGCGUCCUGCUGCUGUGGAGGAACCGGCCGGCCGUGGUCAUCGGACGGCACCAGAACCCAUGGGCCGAGUGUGACCUGAGGGCCAUGAGGAAGGCCGGCGUCGCUCUGGCGCGGCGUCGUAGCGGCGGAGGGACGGUUUUCCACGACCUCGGGAACCUGAACCUCACGUUCUUCACCUCCAAGAAGUCCUACGACCGCAAGAGGAACUUGAAAGUGGUGACCGAGGCGCUGAGGAACCUCAGACCAGAACUGGAUGUACGAGCCACCGAAAGACUCGACAUCGUUCUGGACGGACGCUACAAGAUCUCAGGCACAGCCUCCAGGCUCAGCAGACAGUCCUCCUACCAUCACUGCACUCUGCUCCACUCAGCCGAUCGCUCCUCCCUCUCUGCCGUACUCCGCCCCUCCUGUCCCGGUAUCCAUAGCAACGCAACACCCAGCGUCCCGUCCCCCAUCACCAACCUGACAGACCACGCCCCCUCUCUGCAGUGGGAGGAGCUACUGGAAGCAAUGGCACAGCAGUACAACAAAGAGUUCUGCUCCGGUUCUCCGACGGUUCUUGUGGAUCCGUCCGAUGAGUCCGUGUUUCCGGGCGUCGGCCAUCUGGAGGCGGAGCUUCGUGGGUGGAACUGGACUUUUGGAAAGACGCCAAAGUUCUUGGUGGAGACGUCUCUGCAGCUGAAUGAGGUUCUGGGUUCCGUCGGGCUGCAGGUGAAGGACGGACGGAUCUCCAGCUGCAGGAUCCAGGUUCCACUGGGCUGGGUUCCACAGCAGCUGGUCGAAGAACUGGAGAACGUUCUGGUCGGAGAGAAGUUCUGUCCCAACGCAGCCGCCGCCGCCGUCACCGCUCUGCUGAGGUCAGAGAACCGACCUAUCAGAGAGCUGUGUGCCACAGUGCUGCAGGUGAUGGGCUGAGAGCCAAUCAGAGAGCAGUGCUGAGAGCCAAUCAGAGAGCAGCGCUGAGAGCCAAUCAGAGAGCAGCUGUGCCCCCUGCAGGAGGAACAGCAGAACUGUUUUCUGUAAACUGAACAUUUUGUUGAGUUUUAUUGAGAUUUUCUGAAAUAAAAUGUUGAAAUGUU